AUGUUGUCUGAGCUUCGUUCGAAUGGCUCUCACUUCACCUGGUCUAACAAGCAAAAGGAGGGAUCUAGAAUUUUCUCUAAAUUGGACAGAUGUUUUAUCAAUGAAAAGUGGAUAGAUGCUUUACCCGAUUCUGAAGUUCGAAUUAAUUGGGACACUAUUUCUUAUCACUGUUUUUGCAUUAUCAAAACAGUCCUUUUUCAGGUUUCAGGGAUCAGACCCUUUAGGUUUUUCAAUAUGUGGGCUAAGCAUAAGGAUUUCCGGAAUGAAGUUCUUAGUCUUUGGGCUAAACCGACUGGUGGUUCCGGUUUGUUUCAGAUUUCUCAGAAGUUAAGGAGGAUUAAACCUGUGUUAUCUGAGUUUAAUCAGAAGCAAAUUGGUGACAUUAUUGUUCAGUUGUAUGCAGCUGCCAAGUUGAAUUAUGAGAAGGCCCAACUGUUAUUACAGCAAUCUCCUGAAUCGAUUAUUCUGCUGCAGGAAGAGCAAGAGGCCCAUGAUGAGUUUGUUAGUAAGUCCAAAAUGUAUGAGAGCUUUCUUCGCCAAAAGAGCAAAAUUAAUUGGCUUCGUUUUGGAGAUGAGAACACUGCUUUUUUUCAUGCUAGUCUUAAGCAGAGGAGGAUUAGGAACCGAAUUACUUAUUUUUUGAAUGAAGAGGGUCAGAUGAUUGAUAAUAAUGAAGAAGUGGUUUCUCAUUUCUUUAAUCAUUUCAAAGGUUUUCUUGGUAAGGGAAGCAUAACAAUUAGUCGGGCUGAUAGGACUUGUUUCCAGCAGGGGUGUGUUCUGAAUUUGGAGCAGCAACUGGAUCUGAUUCAGCCUUUUUCUAAGAAGGAUGUUAAGAGGACGUUAUUUAGCAUUUCCUCUAUCAAGAGCCCGGGUCCUAAUGGUUUUGGUUCUGGUUUCUAUAAAGCGCUUUGGAAAGAUUUAGGGGAUGACAUAACUGAGGCGAUAUUGCUGUUCUUUGAGCAAGGAGUGAUUUCGGUAGAGUUGAAUAGCACCAUUUUGUCCUUAAUCCCUAAGGUUGAUACUCCUGUUUCAGCUGGUGAUUAUAGACCUAUUGCUUGUGGCAAUACGCUUUAUAAAUGCGUAUCAAAGAUGCUUUGUUUCAGCUUUGCAGGGAGGAAAGGCUUAAGGCAAGGAGAUCCUAUUUCUCCUUUGCUCUUUGUGUUGGUUAUGGAAUAUCUUACUAGGCUUCUUAACCAAGUUGUCCAACAUAGAGAGUUUCGUUUUCACCCUAUGUGUAAGAAUUUGCAUCUUGUUAAUCUCUGUUUUGCAGAUGAUAUGAUUUUAUUCUGGCGCUUUCCCUUGAAGUAUCUGGGAGUUUCGCUGAAACCCACAAGAUGGCAAGUUGCUGAUUGUAGUGAGAUUAUCAAGAAGCUGCAAGCUAGACUCCAUGUUUGGGCGAGUAGACACUUAUCUUUUGCAGGGAGAACUCAGCUGAUUUUCUCAGUUUUACUGGGUAUUCGUAACUACUGGAUGCAAAUUUUUAUGCUUCCAACUAGUGUCAUUCAAGAAAUUGAUAGGAUUUUUCGUAAUUUUUUAUGGGGUGCUAAUGGCCAUCGCAGUAAGUUCCAUUGCUCCUCAUGGUCUCAAGUUUGUCUUCCUAAAUCUUUAGGUGGUGUGGGCUUUAAAGAGGGCUCAAAUUGGAACAAAGUUUUAUUGGCCAAGUCCAUUUGGGCUGUGUCUUCUAAGCAGGAUGUUUUUUGGGUGAAGUGGAUUGAUGCAAUUUAUCUCAGAGGCCAAUCCUUUUGGUCUUAUCAGCUGAAACCUGAUGUCAGCUGGUACUGGCGUAAACCUUGCUAUUUGAGAGAGGAAUUUUCUGAAGCUAAUUUAGUGAACUCGGUUGUGCAUGGUAAGUUGAGUUUGAAGACUCUUUAUCUUAAUUGGCUUCAAAGAGUUUCGGUGGAUGUUGCUAAGGCAGUGUGGAGUAGACUUACAGUUCCGAAGCACCGUUUCAUUCUUUGGCAGUCGAUUCUUGGUCAUUUACUGACUAGAGAUAAUCUGAUCAAGUGCCAGAUUUUAGUGAAUUCUUGCCUUUGUCCGGUUUGUGAGAGAGCUGAGGAAUCUCGUCAGCAUUUGUUUUUUGAUUGUAGCUUUUCUCAUCAGCUAUGGUCUAUGGAAUCUGGUGUAACAAAAAUACUUGCUAUUUUUCUCAUUGUUCCAGCACUCCUCUUCGUUUAG